AUGACACCAGUGUUAGUCUUCCACUAUGCUUACAACGAGGUGGUCAAGCCGGAGCUGGAACCAAUCCAUACUCCCCCUAAAGAUGUUCUUGAGCCUACCGAGAAAGCUUUUCAAACUUACUUAGAAGACUCCUCAUCAGCCCCUAGAUUAAGUGAUGGUGCACCAGUGAGAACUCUCGAAGAGUGGUGUGACGCAGGACUCCAAUUCCCCCAGCAAAGACAGAUAUGUUGGUUGUAUCGAGCUGGGAAAUGGGUACCAGGAGGUAUGCGACAAUAUGGUUUCGACACCAUCAAUGGUCUCACCGAAGAGUUCAAGCUGACCACACCUGCAAGAGAGAAGACAUUAAUAAACGACGUCUGUCUGCUAGCUCUUCACCGACAAAUCCUUUCGAUUGACCUAAAAAAUUCCCAUCGAGAUCGAAUCAGCUUAUUGACGUUAUUCGCUAUCGCCACUUCAAAUGCGAUGGACUUCUCUACGAUCCUUCGACCUCGCGUCUCGUAUAAAGUUAUGGAUAAUGCUCAAGGGCCAGACGUGGUGAAAUACCUAGUGUAUGGUUGUUUCCGAAUAUGGGUCAGAAAAGGCAUGGAGGGAGGUUGUAAUCAGCUGUAUGCUUGGAUAGGGCCAAGGGGUGUCGUUCCCGGUCAGGGUAACGUUUGGCCUUUGACCCCUGGUUCUCCUCAAAUAUGUGCGGGUGGUAGUUCGAUGGUCAUUAUUUCACUUCUGAUAGAUGGUGGACUCGACGUCGACCGCUUGGCUGAAAUCUUGGAUCCACGAUGGGGCCCACCCGGCUGGGAGUGGAGGGAGUAUCCUAUACAGAAGGAUUGGCACAACAAGCCUGUUUUCCCCGGAACGACAGACGGUUCUCCACUCAAACCUUCAGAAGUCGAUGCCUGGCUGAGAAAGCUUUCAAUCAAUUGUGGCUUCGAGCAUCUCAUAAACCGUCGUACUUGCCAUGAUUCUGUCACUCAUGCCGUUCAGGCUGAAAAAAAGAGUCUUUUCGAUCCCAUUGCCACUCUCGCUCGACUACCCGUCAUCGCAGAUGGUGCUUCAAGUGAUCUCAAAUGUAACACUCGACCCGAUCGGCAUGCUCCAAAGGCUCUGACGGAUUCACAGAUUCAGGAAGUGGAGGAGUCGCUCAGACCCAAGGUGGAGAGGUGCGAACGAACCCAAGCCUUACACGGACCUGAAAAUGAAGGGGUCAUCCUCGCUCGAGAGAAGCUGACCAAAACCCAAGAAAAAUUGCUUAAUCUGCGACUUGAGCAAGCGAGAGAGGAAUUUUUCCUAAUUCGAGGUAUCUCACCCCAAACUUCAGAUCAAUCCACCUCCCAGUCGUCCCGGGACCUCACCGAACCAAAUGAGCGGGAGGAGCAGAACGUGCUCGACGAAUUUUAUCAAAGGAUCUCCAAGCCUCACGACGAGGCUCUAAACAUUUUAAAAUGCCUGGACACUUAUCAGAGACACGUACAGAGGGAGCUAGAUGGCUACCGGGGAAGCCGAGCACCACAAAUUUAA